AUGAAGCCACAACAUCUAGUUACUCCUGUCAUUCUCCUAGUCAUCGGCAGCCAACUUCAUGUCGGUGGUGCUGCUGAAUCGGCUUGUCAAAAGUACAAGGAUGAUCCUUGUGCUGAUAUCAUUUGUGCUUAUGAGACGUGGGUUAAAACGAGCUUUAAUGUGAAUGAUAAGCUCAAACUGAGUAAGGAUCUCAUCAUGCAUCUUGUAUUGUAUCAAUUCUAA